CGAUUUCUCUAAUCUACCUCAUUAUUUAAUCGCAAAAUCCAGAGCAGAAAUGCCUCAAAAUGCGACUGCGAGAGUGCGAGAGAGUGUCAAGUUUAAAAAGUAAACAAGUUAAUGAGAGCGGAGAAGCCAGAGAGCGCAGCAACGGCGAGAGACUGAGAGAGACUUUCAUCGGCCGAGAGACACAACCGGAUGACUCAUCCAGUUCGCACGAUGACGAAUAAUCGCUUUUCGAGCGAAAAUACAAAUAAAAAAAUCACAUAUUUGCUUGCAUUUCGGUCUUGAGUGAUUCUCAGAUUUUCGCCUCACGGACAGACGCGCGUGUUUCGGCGCUCUUCCGUGCGGAAAACACCCGCGGAAAAGGUGGCCUUCUUGCGGUGUUGUGUGUGAAAGAGUGGAAGGGAAAAAGAUGUGAAUCGUCAGUUUGAUUGUGCAUCCUCUGUGAUUGAGUGAUUAAUCUGGAACCAGCCAAAGAGACGCGACGAAGGGAUUUUUCUUCUGUCCACCUUCUCGUCCCCACAAAAAAUCCACCAGCGCCAGACGUUCACCAGCCAAAGACAUGACGUCACAGUACGUUCUUCUUAAGACAAACUCCUACAUCAUCAGGAUGAAUAGAGAGGACAAUUUGUGUUGGUUUCACGGGCGAGUGUCUCGCGAGAGAGCCGAACAGAUUCUGCGUGAUGAGGGCUAUGGAGAUGGGGUGUUCCUGGUGCGCGAGAGCAACUCUUCGAACGGAGAUUACGUGCUGUCGGUGCUGCACGAGGGACAGGUGUGUCACUAUCAAAUCCGACGGCACGGCGAGGACGCCUUCUUCUCCAUUGACGACAACAAGAGAAUCCAUGGACUGGACUCCCUGAUCGAGCACUAUCAGCACUCAUCGCAUGGCUUGGUGACCAAGCUGUCGGCCAUCGUCAAGUGCGAUCCGCCGCCGCACGAUUCGCGCUGCCACGGCCGCAUGAACUUGCUGCAUCGUGCCACGAAAGAGGGCAACUACACCGUGGUGUCGGAGCUGCUGAAGUGCGGCUAUCGCAACAUCGAUGCGAAGAACCAGGAUGGCCAGACGGCCGUCCAUCUCGCCUGCCAAUACGCCGAUGCGGCAAUUCUGCAGAAGAUCAUCGAGUGCAACGCCAAUGUAAACUUCCGCGACAUCAAGGGCAACACACCUCUGCAUUAUGCCUGCCGAUCGCAGCCCGCGGCCGUGAUUAAGCUCCUGAUUGACUCCAAUGCUAACAUCCAGGCGAGGAACAACGAGACCGGCUGCGUGCCCCUCCACGACGCAGCGGAGCAUGGGAAUUUGGAUGCUGUGAAGGUGCUUCUGGAGGCUUCGGCGCCGCUGAGGCCGAGAUCUGCCUGUGGCGAGCUGCCAAUUGACUUCGCCCGCGACAAGGGUCACAGUCACGUUGUGGAAUACCUGACGAACUACGUGGAGCCCAUGCCGGUGACGUCCAGGAUUCAGUGGUAUCACGGCACACUGGAUCGCGUGGAGGCGGUGAGUAUGAUUGAGGAGUGCGCCAAGAGUCUGGCGCAGGCGAGGCGAUCAGACGCUUCGACAGUGAGUGAGGAGGGCAGUGUUGAUGGGAAUGCGAAUGAGGAGGAUGACACUGAUGUGACGUCUGGUGUGUUCCUCGUGAGGUACACCGAAAAGAACAAGGGCAGUCAAGUGCUGACGCUCUUGUACGACAACACGCCCAAACACUUCAUCAUCCAGAAAACGUUACACUACUUGUACAUCGACGAAGGGCCGUACAUGACAUCCUUGGAACACUUAGUACAACACUAUACACAAUUCGCCGACGGGCUUCCAAUUAACCUGCGCCAUCCGGUGAAACCGAAACCGAAACCGCCGCUACCUCUGCCGAUGCCAAAAGCUAAGCGUGCCAAAGCGCCAGCCGCGCUCAGCAGUCCACCGGAGCAGGCGCGCAAUGAUUUUCUCAACAGUGGCUUCGCCUUCCGCAAGACCCGCAAUCUAUCCGUCCCGAGCAAUGAUAUUAUGAAUCGCAGCGGCUAUUUGAGUUCAUCGCCAACAUCACCGGAGCACGAUGUGCGCAAGAAGGCGGCGUCCAAGUCGCCGGAUUUCAGGAGUUUGAAGCUGUCGCGACCGCGGAAGAACAUCUUUAUUGAUGGCCUCAACAGCCUGAGGCGGAGUAAGAAUCGCACGCCGAAGAAGGAGGCGGAAGUGAAGAGUGUGGAGUUGGAGAUUGACACGAAUCUCAUGAAGAAUCUCUCAUUCUCCACGGAUUUCCUCAUGAAUUCACCACCGCCGCCGGACACGGUUUACAACACACCGACCAAUAACUGUGCCAUCGUGAAUAUUGACAUUGAUGGCAGUCCGCGGAGUGUGGAGGCGGAAGAUGACACGCGGAACAGCAAUGUGUCCAAUAGCUCGGUGGAUUACUUCACCGAGAGCGAUGUGGCGGCGCACAUGAAGGACAAGGAGACGGAGGAGAUCUACUUCAUCGACAAGCCCAUGGUGGUGGACAAUGAUGAGGCCGCGAGCAAUGGUAACAUUGUCAAUGAGGCGGGAUAUAUUGUGAUGCAGAAGAUUCCGGUGUUCAUGGAAAUGCCCGCCAAUGCCAAUUACGUGCCACCAAAUCCUGCCACAUUUGAGCGCCUCGACUCGAUCGCCUCGGAGCGCAGCGAGAGUGAAUUCGCCACGGUGUUUCAGCACCAGAACAGCUGCACACAAUCCCAGACUGACGAGGGCGCGGUGAGUACCAGCAAGCCCUACUACUUCAUACCCGCGUGCGAACUGCAGCUGGACACUGUGCUGGGCGAGGGUGAGUUCGGCAGUGUCUAUCGCGGCAGUGUGUCUGCCGGCGGCGAGGCGGAGGCCGGCGAGAGGAUCCCCGUGGCCGUGAAGACGCUGCACGAUGAGCGCUGUCGCAAGAAUCGCGAGGAGUUCCUGCGCGAGGCCAAUGUGAUGAUCCAAUUGCGCCAUCACUGCAUUGUGAAGUUGAUUGGGAUCAGCAAGGGACCGCCACUGAUGAUGGUGCAGGAACUGGUGGAGCUCGGCUCCAUGCUGAACUACCUGCAGCGUCACGGUGAGCAGAAGAUCAAUCCCAACUGCGAGCUGCGCCUGUGGGCGUCGCAAAUAGCGUGCGGCAUGAAUUACCUGGAGAAGCGACACUACGUCCAUCGCGACUUGGCGGCCAGGAACAUCUUGCUGGCGUCGCGCAAUCAGGCCAAAAUCUCCGACUUCGGCCUGUCGCGCGCCCUCGCCAUGGACAAUGAUUACUACAAGGCCAGCCAAGGUGGCAAGUGGCCCAUUAAGUGGUACGCGCCGGAAAGCUUCAAUUACGGCACUUUUUCCCACGCCAGCGACGUUUGGUCAUUCGGGAUCACGCUGUGGGAAAUGUACUCACUCGGCGAGCCGCCGUACGGAGACAUGAAAGGAGUUGAUGUCAUCAAGCUGAUUGAGGAGGGAAAGCGCCUGGCCAAGCCGACUCUCUGUCCAGAGGAUAUUUUUGAGAGAAUGGAGAAUUGCUGGAACUACAAGCCCAAGGACAGGCCAUCAUUUCGCCACUUGACAGAAUUCUUCGCUCCAGACUACGCCAAUGUGACGGAAUUGAUUCAAUCUGAGCAGAUUGUCUAGAAACAUCUCAGCCAAAAUCCUAUCUAUAAUCCUAUAUCUUCACAUCACUCCGUGCGUAGAUCGUCUCAAAUAGACUAUAAUAGUGUAGAAGUCGUAGAAGUAGUGAGAUGUACGAUGAAAGUUGUGAGCUAAGUAAUGCUAUAGUCGAUAUCUUCUGUGUUAUUAUUAGUUUUUUUUUAAUAUAUUAUAAGCAAGGUGUUUAUCAGAGAUUUUUUUAAAAUGUAACGUAAUUCAUAUUUUUAAAGGUAUUGUUCUCUAGAGUUACUAACAAAUCAGUUAACGCGAAUUUGUGCUCCUAAAUGUGUAAAUCUGUUAAUUUCAAAUUAUCUGUUAUUUGUUGUGCUAUGUAAAAGUUAUUUUUGCCAUAGCUCUGAUGCUAAUGUCUGUGCUGUUCGCAAUAUUGCCAUAAUAUGACAUUUAAUCUCUUCUAUAUUCUGCAACACUUCACAUUCCGGAGAGACAUUAUAUGAAAUACAUAUAUCAGAUAAAUAUUCAAAAUUACCACGAGAAAUGGAUGUGCAAAAUCCCAGAUGACUAUUAUUUAAUAAUGUGCAUAAAACCGAGUUUAUAUAAUGUGCCUUUUUUCGAUCUUCGCUCAUCUGUUAUUUUAUUUACAAAGAAAAAGAAACACGAGGAAAAAAUAUUGUGUAAGAAGCAAUAUGAGAGAUAAUUAUUUGUAACAUUUUUUUUGUUAAGAUAUUCAGGAGAGAAUAAAACGGACAUUGGAGAAUA